AUGGGGGUCACUGUCACUCUCUACAGUCCAACCUCCAAGGGGAGACUUGAUGUCUCAUGUGUUACUGCUAAUGUUCCGGAAUCAGUCUCUCAUGCACAGGAUACUCAACAGUUUGACGCUGUGCGUGAUGGCAAGAUGAAGAGACUUUUUUUGAUUUUGCAUCCAAAAUUUUUCGUACUGUUUUUAGGUUUUUCUAUAUGCCUCAGUAAUACUAAUUUGCAUGGUCUAGCCAAGGAGGUCAUCAAAUCUAGGAAAUACACCCCAAAUGGUGAGGAAGAUUCAGAAGACAGCGAUAGUGAAGAUUCAGAAGAUUCCGAUAACGAUUCUGCUCACCAUGAACCAGAUUCGGCAAAAUUUACCAAGGCCUCAAAAUCAAGUUCGACUUCAUCUGCUUCCCCCACUCUAUCUGUACCACCCCCCUCCAAAAGCCACUUGCCAGCUUCCCAGUUGUUGCUAGCUUCGAAUGGUUCAUCCGCGGUGACUCAAUCCGGAUCCAGUCAUGUUGAAGGAUCACAUGCCAGUGACAAAUCAACCAACAACGAGUCGCCAAACAUCGCGUUUGAUAGUGGUAGCCCACUGCCUCUUAGUGCCCAAUCAUCUUUACCAUCUGGAAGCACAAACCAGCUUGCCCAGCCAACAUCUAGCUCAUGGUCGACCUGGAAAGCGAAUGCAGGUACUGUGGACCAGAACUGGAAUCACGGCCAUAUGAGGGUGGACAGCGUAACCAUUAACAGUGGAGUUACAGAUCGUGGUCUUGUCAGUGAAGGAUGGGGGGUAAAUGGAGGGAUGAACAUGGAAAUGGACAGUGGGAUGGGUAUGGGAAUGAACGAGGUGGUAGAUGAUGAUUUUAUGAUGAUGAUGAUGGAUAUGGUGGGGAAUGUCGAUGAUUUCGAACUGGGAAUUCCCACCUAUAACAACCUUAUUGGAAAUAAUGUGAGCACAUUCGAAAAUUUUGCACAACAACCAGGUCAGCAGCAGCUGCAGGAACAACUUCAACAAUCUCUACGUUUCACCCAGAAACAGAACCCAUCCUUUUGUGGGCCUAGUAGCAUCAAUUGUUCAUCCAACAUCUUGAAUGCCACUUUCAUGCCAUCUUCCAGUACCACUUCCACUUUGGAUGUACUGUCUGGAGAUUGCAGUCCAGUACCCAACGGUUGCUCCAACAGUAUACCAAUCGUUUCUCACAAUACAUCACUAUCGCCUAGGCUGCCACCAAUCGAUUUGCUUCCCAUUGAGCCUACGCUACCACCUCUUGACUUCAGUCACGCUAAUCCUACGUUACAGGAUUCUGGCUCCCCUGAACUGCCCAUUCUGACCUCCGCUUCAACUACUGUUUUGGCUACACCAUCUGAACCUCCAGCCAGAGCCGCCAGCAUAAAAGGCGAUGAUACCAGCACCCCCAAGAAAACUGCCCGACCCAGAAUAUGA